UGGAAGGGAAGUGGUGAAGGUUUGAAUGUUUGUGAUCGCGAAUAGCCAGCGUUUUUAUAAUAUUUGAAUGGAAAUACCUCUAGAAACAUGACGGAACCUAAGAAGGUAGCAUUUUCUACCCUAGGGCCUAUAAAGAAAGAAAAGAAAAAGGAGAAGAAGAUGAAAACAGUGCGUAUUAUUUUGACACUGCCUGAGUCCAAUGAGAAGUCUUGUCCGGAGUUCAACUAUCGAGAACUGGUGUCUCUAAAACUGCAUGACAGAAUAGGAAAGAAAAAUCUAGGAGACGUGAUCAACGGGCCGCCUCUCGACCCCAGUGACCCCUUCGCGUCGGAUGAGGAUGCUGCCCUCCGCGCCCUGGCGAGACAGUUCGAAAAUAGAUAUGGUGGUUAUAUACCAAAUAAGAAGAAGAAGAGAAGAAAAGAGAAUGAUUUCAGCACUCUCGGAGAAGGCUAUGACGAGACGGAUCCCUUCAUCGACAAUUCGGGCGCUUUCGAUGAGGUUAUGCCAGUCCACAUGGAGACAAAAGAACGUGGUUUUUAUAUCAAUUCUGGGGAGUUAGACUUCGAGGAGGUUGAGGAGGGAGAAGAUUCAUCGUCUUCGUCAUCUGAAGGAGAAGACUCAGAGGAUAGUGAAACGGAAGUUAAAAAGAAAAAGAAAAUGGUAUGAUUUUUGUGUGGUCAUGCAUUUGUUGUGAGUUAUGU